CGUGAUUCAGUCAUCUUCAGUUGGCACUUGGCAGUGAACGCGAACGGUAGUUUAUCGUGAGUAUAUGAGAGAUGUAAUUGAGAGCGUCCUGCGCGUAACGAAAAUGGCGUAAUAAUCGAGCGUGUUACCGUUUUGUCUCGCGUUUCACGAACAACGAUCCCGUAAGAAGCGCGUCCGCGGCACUGUUUUCUCCCGCGGAGACAAUCGACUGAAGUGCGCCAUGAUCGUGUCAGGCCGACGAACCCGGCAACGUCGUUAGGUGAAAUUUAUACAGUGUGUAUUCCGAGUGUGCUUUAGUGAAUCGCGCGCGUCGAGAUAAGAGCUCGCGGGAUUUGAUGUUGUAGUCAUCGUCCUCGUCGUUGUCGCCGUCGUCGUGCAUCGACCAACGACGACGCUGACGCGAACGGCCUGAAGCAUUGCAACACGACGUGACGUGACGCGUGACACGCGAGUCACGCAGCUACGGGCAUCCGGCUGUGAAGUGCAUGAACCCCGAAAAAGCAGACGAGGGAUGGCCUACGCGCCCACGAUUAGGAUUCGGUGAUCCUGCCUGCUCGUGACAGCUUGAUGACUCGCUCCCAUCCGGGCGAGACCAAGAUGGCGCCACCGGCGUUUUGACACUUGCCGAAGGACGACCCGUCAGCUGGACUUCACCGUCGGCCGCAGGCGAUACGUCUAUUAUGAGCAGAGAAUUCUACGUACCCUGCACUUCUUACGCCUAUCAGCAGUGCGGUAGCGGCAGCAGCGGUGGCGGCGGCUCGACGGAAGGCGUCGUGGUGAGCGUCGGUGCCGGGAACGGCGUCGGCAACAGCGGCAGCGGCGUCGGUGGCAUGGAUUGCAUGCCCCUGCGCCCCGGUCCCUUCCACUAUCUCAUCAGCGAGCAAGCCAAGUCACUGGUGGCCCUGCAGGAACUGCAGAAUGAAGUCGGCGCUCUGCUCGAGUUCCGGGACCUCGUCAUCGAGACGUUCCCAAACCUCCGGCACAAGAUGGCUGCGACGGCGUCCGCGGGUGCGUCCGUGAUGUCGUCCACCUGCACCCAGAGCUCGCACAUCCCGCUGCCGCUGUCGAGCCCGUCCUCGCGGAGGAUCGGCGAAUGGGAACCGGGCAAGAUAAGGCGGCGGGCGACGCGCGAGGCCGGCGGCGGUGGCGGCGGCAGCGGCAGCGGCAGCGGGGGAGGCGGCGAAUCCUCGUCCUCGUCGCUGCCUAGAAGUCGCAGCAACUCCCACAGCGGUGGCACCAAGAACAACUGCAGCGCGACGGUGCAGGACUCCGGUUUCAGCACGGAGACCUCGUCGAAGGACAGCGCCUCGACGGCGAUCGCGCCGCGCGCGAGUAGCCCGCGGCCGAGCGCGCUGGACGAGGCGGAGGACGAGCUGUGGAAUCUACUGGAUGUGAUUCACCGUAAGGGAAUCCGGCUGCGGGAGGAGGUCGAGUGCCUUCAGGGUCGCCUGGAGAGUGUGACGACGGAGGAGCUCGCAUCGACGGAUGUGCUGGAGGCCGUGAGAAAGGUCGCCGGCCUCGGCGAUGCUGAUAUAACGAUCGGUCACGGCAACAUCGUCGACAGCGUCGAGCUGCAGCAGCAAGACAGCAGGGACCCGCAGGUGAUAGCGCUCAGGCGGGAGAAAGAGCAGCUGCUGGACAAAGUGGCCGAGCUCGAGGCGGAGACGAUAUCGAGUCGCGCGCGCGCUCAAGAACUGCAGACGGAGCUGGCCGCUCUGUCGGCUCUGAAGACCGGUCUGGAGGAUCGGUUGCGGGCUGGAUUGACCGAGAGCGGCUUGGAGAUUCUCGCACCAGGCGCGCAGAGACUGCAACCGAUCGCGCCGGUUGUCUGCUCGCCGAAAAACACCAACAUUAGCAAUAUCAAGAGCAAGAGCUCAGCGUUCGCGUCGGUCGCCGGUAGUCCUGGGAGCAAGGCUCAUAAGAGUCGCUUCCGCACGAGGACUAUUGAGAGAAAUGUGAUACUGGACGUGGUCGGGCGCAACGAUGAGCCACGUAACAUCGACAUCGACAUCGAGGCGAGCGUGAACGAAAGGCGAGCUAGGCUAGGAGCGCUAGAUUCUAUUUUGGUGUCGCCGACCAGGGUGGCUAACGUGAAGGAUGUGGAUUCGAGAAAAAUCGCGGCCAUCCUUCGCGAACAUUCACCUCUCGAGCUUCAGCGGCACUUAAUCACUACUACCGUCCAUAAUCAGGUCCUACAGAAAAGACUAGACGAAGUGGAAAAAAGCACAGAAACCCUCUCCGAGCGACUGGAUAAAGCGCGCGAAGAAAACGACGAUUUGCGGUUCCAGUUAGAGGAACGAAACAUCGAAUUGGAAGGCACGCGAGCGCGAGUACGCGUGCUAGAACGCCUUCAGCAACGACCGCCGACGGAGAUCGAGCCCGAGGACUUGGAGCAGCCUAGAUGUGAGCAAAGCGGUCUCGAACCCGGCAGCAGUACAGAAUCCGCUCGCGAUCAUCAUCAGCCGGUAGAGAUCAAACCGUCGCCGCGGCGACGUCCUAGUCGUAUACCUUUACCCGGCAACAGCGCAAGCGGCAAGACGGCGUCGACGACACCUACGGCAGGCGCGACUGCGACGACACCGUCGCGACUACCCGGUCACGGCAGGAACGACAGCAGGGAGUCGCUCAAGUCGCUGACGAGACCGCCGCGUGAUUCUAGUCGCGACAGCCACGGCGGCGGCAAGUCGCUGUCGAAAACGCGCGACUCCAAUCGGGAUUCGCUCGGCAAUAGGAGUCUGUCGAAGAACGGCGGCAACGGCGGCAGCAAUGGUAGCGGCGGCGGCGGCGGCGUCAGUGGCGGCGGCGCGAAAGAAACGAAUCGAGAGUCGUCCCUGAACAACCGGUCCCUGCCGCGUAACAAUUCCAGCCGAGACUCCUUAAACAAAUCCUCCUCGCUGUCCCGCGCCCGCGACUCGCUGGAGUCCAACAACAACGUGUCCUCGCCCGCCACGGGGACGACUAACGCCCCACCUCGACGGCCGCCCGCUCCCACGCGCCGUUCCCACAGCCUGGCGCGCGCGGCGACGUCCGUUGAUGCAUCCGAGAACGGCAAGGUACGACCCGUAAAGCAAUUCUUUUGGAGCAGCUGGCUGAAGUCACCGUUGUCCAACGGCCCGAGCUUCACCGAACCACCAAGUUCCUGGUGUUCGACCAACAGCAGCUUUCGGCACAGCGACUCGUCGCUGUAUCCGGACUCCCUGAAUCAAGAAACAUCGUCCGUCACCGGUUCCACGCGGGUGGAAUUUAUAAUCGGCUCGCCUACUAGACGCUUCCGUACAAACACCGCCUGGCCGCCGCAUCGCUAUUUCGAUAGCAUCGACUCGGCGGCUACGGUACCGGAAAGUCUAUUAACUGACGAGUUUCCUUUACGACGCGGUGAGGCUCUGGCCGAAGACUUUGCCGCGUUUAUGCAUCUGCUGAAGUGCGCGAUCGGCACCGGCAUACUCUUCCUGCCGCACGCUUUCAGAAGAACCGGCUACGCGAUGUCCAUUGUCUGCGGCAUCGUCGUCGGCAUGCUGUGCACUCACACGGCCGUCAUCGUUGUGCAGUGCUCUCAAGCGUUAUGCAGGCGUAAUCGUGUUCCCAUGCUGGAUUUCGCCGAAACGGCGCGGUUCGCCUUUCAAUCAGGUCCGGUGAAGAUUCGAAAGUACGCCAGGCUAUUCGGCGCAGUUACCAAUGUAAUCAUUUGCUUCGUGCAUUAUCAGGCCGCCGUGAUAUACAUCUUAUAUGUGGCCACGUCUUUCCAACAGGUGAUCGAAUUUUUCUCGGGCCUCGAGGUGAACUCGCGUGUCUACAUCGUCAUCUUUUUUCCCUUCACUUGCGCCCUGGGCUUCGUGCCAAACCUCAAGUAUCUGGCACCGUUCUCCGUCAUCGGUACUGUCUUCUUGUUCCUCGGCGUCUGCGCCGCGCUCUACUACUUCUUCGACGACGUCCCCGAUCCCCGUAGACUGAACGCUCUGACAGAGGUUCUACCUGUGCCCAUGUAUUGCGCGAUUUUCCUAUUCGCCUUACAUAAUAUGACCUUGUACCUGCCGCUGGAGAACACGAUGAAGCAUCCUGGACAUAUGCCGCGUCUGGUCAUCGCCAGCAUGCUACUGAACACUUUCAUAUACCUGACUUUCGGCUUCCUCGGCUACAACAAGUACCCGGACGCCUGCGACACCGUCAUCAAGAAUUUGCCAAUGGAAGAGACUCUGGCUCAAAUAGUCAAAAUAGCCAUCUCGUUGUCGGUGCUGUUUACUUUCGGUUUGGCGUAUUACGUUCCAUUCAGCGUGCUGUGGCCGAUGAUCCGCUCGAAAAUCAUUACGAAGAGUUUGUUGUAUCAUCGAUUCUAUGAAAUUUCGUUUCGACUAGGCGGUGUAAUCGGAACCACAAUGUUGGCCGCCGCCGUGCCCCAAAUGGUACCUUUACUGGGUCUGCUCUCCGCCUUGGGCAUGUCCACGAUCAUGCUGCUGAUACCCAUACUGAUCGAGACGUCGACUAAGUGGGCGGAAGCCACGAGGACGAUGCUCGCGAAGAACGUGGCUAUUUUCAUCGUGUGGCUGCUAAUCUUGAUUUUUGGUGCGAUAGAGAGUACACGGUCAAUUAUUAGAGAAUAUAACGGGGAGAAGCAAGAUGAGUGUUGAACAUGCAGCGGCUCGUGAAAUGAUUUGAGAGGCUUUUAGUAUAAAAUUAUGACGCUAUUUCCGGUCUGCGAUAAUAUAAUACAUCGUAAACAGUCUGAAGUCACAUUAAUAUUAAGGAAACAUCAUGUAAUAUUCUAUAAGAAGCGAAAGAGUUUUAGCAGGACAAUGAAACAACAAAAUAAGAAAGAUAAAAAACCGUUUAAAAGAUUUUUUGCUUGUUUUAUUGCUUGUUGCAAAUUCGCCGUGUUGUGUUUCGCGCAGAAAGAAAUCUUCCGCUCGCAAAUUUCCUCGUCAUAAAACAAGAAUAUCAUUCCAACUUACACAACCAAUUUCUGGCGACUGGAUAAAAAAGAAUUGAGAAUAAACUCGGGUGUGUUUCUCUGCGACUUUGAAAGCGACAUUAAUGCGGAAAUCGAGAAUUCGUAAAAUUCCCGCGAAGAUUGAAAUGCGGUGUUUACCACAUUACGAAGGGGACACUUUUAAUUUUCCUCAGACAGAACUUACGUAAUGCACGACGUAGUAACGUUGCUCACAACCUGGAAACAAGAGCAACAACUUACAAUGAGAAAUUACGCCGCGGUGAGAAGGGGAGACCAUCCGGGGAUUUUUUUGCAAGAAGAUGAAGAGAGACGGGGCGAGAGAGCGGGCUGUGAAUGAAAGAAGAUAAGGAUAAGGUGAAAGGGAGCGCGUGUGAUGUAGAGGCACGAAUCGAGCUGAUCGCAGUCGAAUAACCGACGUCCCUAUGGGUACAAAACUCGAGUACGAGCGGAAUUGCUCAACGUUAUAUUCUUCAGGAAUAUCGGGAAUAUCGACAGUCUCGAGCUCGAGCACUUUGCCGUGUUUGUCGAUAACUUUUUAUUUUAUUUUAAGUGUCAUUAAUUGGUUUGUCGUGCGGGAAUCAAGGACAUAUAAUGGGAUACAGAAGCGGAAACGGCGCUGAGAAUUGAGUGAGAACAAAAAAUAAUUCGACCAUCGUACUGGCCAGCAUUUCGAGAAUGUGUAAUUUCAGUGAAUUCAGAUUUUAUAUUGUCAACCUACGAAAUGAUGAUUCAGUUGUA